CCCCCCGAACCGUGACGGCUGUAGCUGAGAGGACGGGAUCGUAACGGGGGCGGCUACGACUGUGGGGACGCACGGAGUCGAACAGCUGACAGAUCCGGCCGCGCGCCUUGCCCCGCCCCCCCGGCAGCGCCGUUGUUUCAGGUGUCUUGAGUGCAUUUCUUCUGAAAGGGCUUUCCAUAGGACUCGUCAUCUCUGGGAAUGGGCAUUGAGGCUAGAUGGACGGCACAUUUGUAGGCAUGUUCCAAGACCCAACGGACAGACAGGGUUGUGGCAUAUGGGUCUCACCCCAUCAUGAGGAAAACCGAUUGGAGAUCGGGUCCACUUCGAGGUGCUAUAUCUCAGAACAGCACUUGUGACAAAGAAGCCAUUGCAGGAGCAACUGCCAAGACUUGAGUGUAACCAUGACUGAGCCCCACAGAGUCCAGUUUACCUCUCUCCCAGGCCCACUGAAUCCCACAUUUCUGAAGAAACCCCGAAAAGAGGAGAUUGGAGGAGCAGAGCAGCACCAAGACUCUGAACCCACUGCCGCCGCUGUUCGCAUCACACUUACACUCUUUGAACCAGAUCACAAGCGCUGUCCCGAGUUCUUCUACCCAGAGUUAGUGAAAAAUACACGGGGAAAAGUGAAAGGUCUUCAAGUAGGAGACAAGAAGAAAGAUGUCUUGGAUCCUUUCAAUGAUGAAGAAAAGGAAAGGCAUAAGGUGGAGGCUCUUGCCAGGAAAUUUGAAGAGAAAUAUGGUGGUAAAAAACGCAGAAAGGACAGAAUACAGGACUUAAUUGACAUGGGAUAUGGGUACGACGAAUCUGAUUCCUUCAUCGAUAACUCUGAAGCAUACGAUGAGCUUGUUCCUGCUUCUCUGACUACAAAGUAUGGAGGAUUUUAUAUUAACUCGGGAACACUGCAGUUCAGACAAGCAUCAGAAUCUGAGGAUGACUUCAUUAAAGAAAAGAAGAAGAAAUCUCCUAAGAAGCGGAAGUUGAAAGAAGGUGGUGAGAAGAUAAAGAAGAAGAAAAAAGAUGACUCUUAUGACAAGGAGAAGAAAUCGAAAAAGUCCAAGUUUCCCAAAGCCGGCUUCACAGCACUGAAUGCCAGUAAGGAGAAGAAGAAAAAGAAAUAUUCUGGAGCUCUAAGUGUUAAGGAGAUGUUGAAGAAAUUUCAGAAGGAAAAAGAAGCCCAGAAGAAGAGGGAUGAGGAGCAUAAACCAAUAACAGUGUCACCUGCUGAAACUCAGAGUACACGGGAGGUGGAAAGCAUGCCAGACCCCUUGCUCUCAUUCUUUGGCUCUGCUUCUGACAAUGACCUGCUUCAGGCAGCUACUGCCAUGGACUCACUGACUGACCUUGACUUAGAACAACUCCUCAGCGAGUCUCCAGAAGGAAGUCCAUUUCAUGAUGUGGAUGAUGAAAGUGAUUCCCUUGGGGUGGGAUUAGACCAGGAGUUCAAACAACCCCCUUCCCUGCCAGAAGGCCUGCCAAUGUCCCUGGAGAAACGUAUCAAGGAGCUGGCUCAGGCUGCCAGAACUGCAGAGGGAGAGAGCAAACAGAGGUUCUUCACCCAGGAUAUUAAUGGCAUCCUGCUAGACAUAGAGGUGCAGUCUCGGGAGCUGAGUAGCCAGAUCCGUUCUGGGGUGUAUGCCUAUCUUGCUUCAUUCCUGCCCUGCAGCAAGGAUACCCUGGUCAAACGUGCUCGCAAACUUCAUCUCUAUGAGCAGGGAGGGCGUCUGAAGGAACCUUUGCAGAAACUUAAGGAAGCCAUUGGCAGGGCAAUGCCGGAGCAGAUGGCCAAAUACCAGGAAGAGUGCCAGGCACAUACACAAGCAAAGUUUGCUAAGAUGCUGGAGGAGGAGAAAGACAAGGACCAGAGAGAACGUAUUUGUUCUGAUGAGGAGGAGGAUGAAGAGAAAGGGGGUAAACGCAUCAUGGGACCCCGGAAGAAAUUCCAGUGGAAUGAUGAAAUCAGGGAGUUGCUCUGUCAUGUGGUGAAGAUGAAACUGGAUGGCUAUGAACUGGAGAGGAACAAGGCCCAGUCCUGGGAAGAUUACGUGAAAGCUUUUCUGGAUGCUGAGGUCAAACCCCUCUGGCCCAAGGGCUGGAUGCAGGCCAGGACUUUAUUUAAGGAGAGUAGGCGAGGACAUGGACACCUGACAUCAAUCCUGGCGAAGAAGAAAGUCAUAACUGCUACUAAGGUCAAAAUGAAGGAUUCCUCCACCAAACCUGAUAAGAAGGUUUCAAUUGCUUCAGGACAACCCAGUGGCUCCAUUGCUUUGCCUUCAGAACAGCAUCAGGGAAUGGGCAUGAGCAUUGGUGCUCCUGCCAGGGAGUUGCCAUCUCUGGGUGCUUCUCAAACAUCCAGCAAUAUUGCUAAUCCUGCUUCUUUCAACCUGGAGGAUUCACUUGAUGAGGACUUAAUUCAUAAUCCAACCUCUUCAUUAGAGGCAGUAUCUAAGGAACUAGCUGCGUUGAACAGCAGAGCAAGUGGGAGUCCUGAAUUCAUUCUUCAUGCACCUCCAAAGGCGGCCCCUACAGAUAAAGUAACAAGUCUUACAAGUUCUGAGGAAAAAAGAAACUUCCCUAAGUCCAAUUCUUCUGCUCCAUCACCUGCUAGCUCACUACAGUCACCUCUUAAUUUCUUGGCUGAACAGGCACUGGCAUUGGGGCAGUCUUCUCAGGAGAAAAAACCAGAUAAUCCUAGUUACAAAGAGCUUUCUUGCCAGGCUUCCCCUAGUAAAACAUUGUCUGAAGCACACCAGUCAAAACUUAAGCACCAUAAUUUGCCACGGACAUCUCAUGGACCACAGACAUCAUCUCUGGUGCCCACCCCUCAAGUUAAAGUUUUUCACUCAAGUAGUCAGCCACAGAAAAGCUUCACACCCCCAGCUCCAUUUGUCAAUAAGCUCCAGAGCCCAAAGGCUGCCUCCCCUCUCUCCCAGCGAUCCCUUCUCCAGCAGGUCAAGACAUCGACCAAAGGUCCAAGCUUCCAUUCCUCAGUAUCUCCCUCUUCAGGUAGCACCCCAACUUCUAGUAGUUCUCAUAAGAGUACUGGCUCCUCCACAGCUUCUUUGGGCUAUUCAGGGAAGCAUUCAUCCAGUUCUUCAGGACAAUCUUACAAGUCUCCCUUUGUUGCUGGCUCUCUCUCUAAACAUGGAGUUUCUUCUAGCAGUUCUUCAUCUGGAGUAUCUUCAGUCCAGAGCUCUGCAUCUGGGAGCUCACUCUCUGGUGUACAGGCUUCCUCUUCUAGUAGCCAGCCUUCCAGCCGGCCAGUAUCAAGUUCUACAUUGAAGAAACCUCCAGUCUCCCAGAAGCUGACUUUAGUGGCGCCACCUGGUGGCCCAAAUGGAGAUUCUAGUGGUGGGACGCAGGGGGUGGCCAAGUUAUUGACCUCUUCCCUUAAGCCAGCUGUGGUUAGUAGUACUACAUCAUCUACCUCCUUGCCAAAAGGAACAAGUGGAGCUGUACUGCUAACCAGCUCCUCUUCCUUAAGUGUACUGUCGCCAUCCUAUAAAUCCAGCAGUUCUAAACUGUCCGGAGGCCUGAACUCAACACCACUGGGGAUUUUAUCUCCUCUCCACACUUUCCCUCUCCAUGUGAUCUCCUUUAGUGCAGACUCAUCUCCCAAAGCAGGAGUCUCCAAGGAUGCCAUUGUUACAGGCCCUGCCCCUGGAACUUUCCACCAUGGCCUAAGUCACAAUGCUUCUCAGCUUCAUGGGAAAGGGACCAAUGUGCAACAGCGGAAAUUGUGACACCUGCA